AUGUCUACAAUUAUUCACGACUGGAAAAAAUGCGUCGAGUGGCUGGCGUACUACCAGCUGAUACCUCCAGACCACAAGCUGCUGAUCGCCACUGAAGUCGCUGCAAAAGAUUUGGCGUUCUACCUGAGGGAUGGUGUAGUCUUGUGUCAGCUGCUGAAUAAAAUACUCGAUGGAUCGGUGGACAAUAAGGAGUUCAGUCAAAACCCCAAGAUGUCUCAAUUUCUGUGUAUGAGAAACGCCAAGGUCUUCGUACAGAAAUGUAAAUCCUUAUUCGCUGUGAAAGACGAAGACCUCUUCAAUCCGUCUGAUCUAUUUCACUCUAUAGACUUCGAGAAGGUGGUUCACACACUGUCCGCUCUGUCUAUCUCAGAGAAAGCCUCGAAAAACAAAAUAAGGCCGUUGGUAUUGAAUAGAACAUCUAAGUACGAUCUGAAAGACAUGUCUGAAGCAGUCUCCAUAGAUUCGGAGGAAAUCACAUCCAACAACAACCACAACAACAACAACAACAACAGCAACAAUAUCUAUGAAAGCAACUUUAAUAUUGUAAACGAAAACAUCAUCAACAACAACAACAAGACAACUUUUAACAUCGGUGGCGUCAGCAGUGACGACAUCUACCACAACAGCCACAGCGACAACUUUGGUGACGAUGAUGACGCCGAUAUCUACCAAAAUGUAAAAGAUACUUCUGUAUAUGACGAUCUCUGCUCUAUUCGUAGGAGUCUGCAAGCCGCUGCGGAGAGCAAAGCGAAAACGAAGAAAGAAAUGUGCAUCGACGAACUCGUGGAGACGGAGAAGAAAUACGUUGAGGCUUUGAGGAUGAUUAAACUGCAAUUCAUGAUGCCCCUACAAAACGUCCUCUCCCCCGGUGACCAUAAGAUCAUCUUUCACGGUAUUGAGCGAUUAUGGCAAACUCAUAUUGACUUCGAAUCGGCUCUGCGUCUGGCCACUACCACAACCACAGCGACCUACAACAUCGCCGACUGCUUUAUCGCCAACAAAGAAAAAUUUUUGUUCUAUGGGGAGUUUUGCUCCAAUCUGACGGCUGGCCAAGAGGCUCUGGAUAAAUUGAUGGAAACCAACUCGAAUAUUAGGAAUAAAGUUUCUGUGAGUUGGAAGUUAAAAGUUUUGGGGUCCGUAGGGCCGAGUACUCGAUGCAUAUCGGCCAGAAUAAAUACUCGAACGCCCUCCCCUCAAUGGAAUUCUGGCAUUGAGGGGAGGGCUUUCGAGUAUUUUUUCAUUUUCUCCGCUGCCCUUGUUGCGGCCAGACUACACCCCUUGUCAGAUUUAUGUAAGAGUGCCAGAGACCGUAACAUCGUCCCACGCCAAACAUCCACCAACUCUUCAAUGGGUUGGGGGUUGGGGUACAUCCGAGGCCCUGGAAAAGAACCGGCAAAUGAUUUAUCCUUAUUCAUUAACGAAGUGAAGAGGGACAACGAAACCAUCGGACUCAUGCAGUUGGUGCAGAGCAGCAUCCUAGACAUGCCAGCGUGUCUGACUUUAAAAGACUGCGGUCGUUUCAUCAUGGAUACUGAAAUGAGGAUUAAGAGUAGUUCUGAACAUGUAGCUCACUCCAGACAACUUUUUUUGUUCGAUAUGAUCAUACUCAUCUGCAAGCCGAAAAACGACAACACAACGUACGGAUACAAGGACGUGAUACCAUUGAACGAUUACAGACUCGAAGAUAGCAAAGAAAAAAACAGUCUGAGUUUCAUGCUGGUGAACAAGCACGAGAAGAAGCAGUUCUACUCAAUAGCCACAAAGAAGCCACAACUGAAGACCAAAUGGUUUAAUGCUAUCUGCCUGGCUUUAGAUAAUAUCUGCCCGGAGCAUGCUGUGAACGAACUCCACAACUUCACCAUGGCAAGUUUUGGCCGACCAUCCAUCUGUGACGUCUGCCGGAAGUUGCUGAGGGGCGUGUUUUACCAGGGGUACAGGUGUAGUAAAACAAAAAUGGCCGUACACAAAGGCUGUAUUGAGGGAGCCAAAGAAAUGACAGGCCCACCGACCUGCGUGCUCCCUCCAAAGUCCUUUAGAGUCGCCAACCUCUCCAGAUCAACUUCAUCCGUGACGUUUGCAGCAAAAGUUAAAGCAACACAACCGUACACUGGCAUCUCACCAUCGACCCCACAAAGCCUGACAAACAUACCCCCCCUAAUGUUCGCCCUGAAUGACGUCAUCAGGGUAGUUUCAUCCCCACAGGGCGAUAACGGGGAGUGGUUUGAGAAGAAAGCUCACAACAGCUAUCUCAAUAGCAAUAUGAACAACAACAACAACAACAACAACAACAACAAUAAUAAUAAUAAUAACGACGAUGAUGAUGAUGAUGACGAUAACGGAGGCAGUUAUGAUAAUAGUCGUGCUGGAGGUUGCACGGAGGCUGAUUUAUCGAAGAUGCAAUGGUACGUUGGCGAAAUGAGCAGAGACGACUCUGCCUCGAAGCUCCUACCGACGAGAUCCGGAACAUUCCUGGUCAGGCUGAGCGUGGGCCAUGAUAGAAGAGGCGAAUACGCCAUCAGUUUGAAGUUAGAAUUGAUUGAGCAUUACCAAUCGAACUCUCUGGAGAAGGUGUUCUCCGAAGUGAAGAUGACUCUGCAGUACCCUAUACAUUCUAUAGGAUACUUUCCAUUAACAUACGUCAAGGAAUUGUGA